UGUAGCCCUCAAAAUCUAGGAGAUAUGAGGGAACUUUGUAUCUGGAUUCUGAGAGUUUCCAUGCUUCUGCUGCUGCUCAGGCCAAAUCCCCUGGAUUGCCAGCUCACUACAGACCACAGGAAGGUUCCUCAAAGGGCAGAGCCCCAGCAGCAGGAGGCUGGAGGAGUGCAGGGUGGGGGCCCAGGCUCCUGGGGCUCCUGGGAGCCUUGGUCCUCCUGCUCCCGCUCCUGUGGGGGAGGGGUUCAGGAACAGAACCGACCCUGCCUACCCUCCUACAACCCCUCCAUGGGUGCAGCUGCCUACCCCUUCAGGCCAGGUGGCCACCACCCCAACCAGAACCCAAGCCAUGUAGUGUCUGCCCUAAGACCCAUUGUCCCGCUGCACCGCACCAACCCUGGGAGACCCCCACCCUCCAACAGCAACACCAGCUUGGCCCGCCGAGGCGAGCUGAGGGACCAGCAGAGAGACAGAGAGGCCCAUGCUGGAUACAGUACGGGCAGUGACAGUCCCAUCAUUCCAGGGAAGUAUGGCUAUGGGAGGAUGCCUUAUGUUGUGUCUCUCCAGACAGACAAAGGCCAGACAUCUGGAAUAGAGACCGGGGCUGGCCGCUCCCACAGACAGAGACGCUCCCCGUUCUCUGACCCCAGCCCAUCAGCCACCAGGCACGGAGGCCACAGGCCAAACCCCUACCGUCCGCCCUACAACAACCCCCAUCUCCACAGCUACAGCCCAGUCUAUCACCAGCCCCCAGCCCCCCAACCCAGGUCUAACCCUAACCCAGCCUCCCCUCCCAGGCCCAGGGCUAACUCUAACCCUAAUCCACCCUGGUCCUCCUCACUCUACCAGCCCAGCCAGGGGCACCAACCUAGGCAGGAGCCGCAGCACUCAUCCAGCCAGGCCUCAGCGGAUCAGCAACCCUUUGGACGGCCCUACAACCCACUGCCCACCUCCUGUGUGGGAGAGCACAACCAGUACAAGAUUUGCAACACCGAUGCCUGUCCUCCAGCCAGUAGACACAUCAGAGCGGUGCAGUGUUCUUCCUACAACAGCUAUCCCUUCAUGGGUCGACUGUACGAGUGGGAGCCUUUCAAUGAAGUUUCAGGGGACCAGCGUUGUGAGCUCAACUGUCGUGCAAUCGGUUUCCGCUUCUACGUGCGUCAGUCGGAUAGGGUCAUCGAUGGGACGCCGUGCGGCCAGGACGAGACUUCCAUCUGUGUGGCGGGGAGGUGUCAGAGUCUGGGCUGCGAUGAGUACCUUGGCUCAGGCAAGGUGAUGGACAAGUGUGGGGUGUGUGGCGGGGACAACAUGGCCUGUAAGCUGGUGUCAGGGCUCUUCCAGCAGCACAGCCUGAACAAGGUGGGCUACCACAAGAUAGUGGAGAUCCCAGAGGGAGCCACCAAGAUCAAUGUCACUGAGACGGUGAAGAGCAGGAAUUACCUGGCUCUGAAAAGCCGCUCAGGUCGCUCCAUCAUCAAUGGGAACUGGGCCAUUGACCGGCCAGGGAAGUAUGAGGGGGUGGGCACCAUGUUUACCUACCGACGACCCAAUGAGGUCACCAGCACCGCCGGGGAGUCCUUCCUGGCUGAGGGGCCAACCAAUGAGAUCCUGGAUGUUUAUGUGAUCUUCCAGCAGCCCAACCCAGGAGUGAGCUAUGAAUUCAUCCUUCCCUCUGACAACCCUCCACAGCACCCCAACCACAGACCUGGAGGGAAUACUCUGCAUGGGCAAAGUGGGAUUGACCACCGGGGCAACCCCAACCAGGAGGGGUACGAUCCAGCAGGGGGGAGCAAAUACCCUCCCCAGGUCCCCAACAACCAGGUGCCAGCGGUCCAGCCACCCAAACGUCAGAGAGAAUACAACUGGAAACUGUCUGGGGCAACAGAGUGUAGCGCCUCCUGUGGCAGAGGUAGCAGGUACACCAUCUUCCGCUGUGUCCACAGACUGAGCCAUGAGCAGGUACCAGGGAACCAGUGUGACAGCAGCACCAGGCCCAGUUCACAGGAAGAGCCCUGCAACCUUCAGUCCUGCCCUGCCUUUUGGGACAUUGGUGAGUGGUCGGAGUGCAGUAAGACAUGUGGCCUGGGUAUGCAGCACCGCCAGGUCUUGUGCAGGCAGGUGUAUGCCAACCGGACCCUUAACGUCCACACCAGCCGCUGCCACCACCUGGAGCAGCCCGAGACCACCAGCACCUGCCAGCUGAAAAUCUGCAGCGAGUGGCAGAUACGAACCGAGUGGAGCGCCUGCUCUGUUCCCUGUGGCGUGGGCCAGAGGACCAGGGAGGUGCACUGUGUCAGCAACAUGGGAGACUUUGUGUCAAACGAGGAGUGCAACAUGAAGCUGCAACCCAGUGACAAUGAGAACUGUGACAUGGGGCCCUGUGCUAAAAGUUGGUUCUUCACUGAUUGGGGGAAUAAGUGUUCUGCUGAGUGUGGGAUGGGCAUCCGGACCCGUGGCGUUCUGUGCCUGACCAAUCACAUUAGCAGCUUGCCUCUGGAAGGGUGUGGCCAUGAGCGCCCCACUGACUCUCAGGUCUGUAAUCACGGCCCCUGUGAGAGUCGCAUCGAGUGGUUUACAGCCCCCUGGAGUCAGUGUUCAACGGAGUGUGGCUCGGGCAGCCAGCAGAGGGCAGUGGUGUGUCUGAUGAAGACUGACGAGGGGUUCAAUGUAAUGCCGCCCUACGAAUGUUCUUCUCUAGACAAGCCUCUUAAUCAGCAGAGCUGCCACCUCAAGCCCUGUGGGGCCAUGUGGUACCACACAGACUGGAGCGCUUGUUCUAAGACGUGUGAGGGGGGCUUCCGUGUGAGGGAGGUGCGCUGUCUGUCUGAUGACAUGCUUUCCAGUGAGGGCUGUGAAGAGGAGCUGAAACCAGUGGAGAGAGAGGAGUGCAACCCAGAGCCCUGCGUCCCACACAUAGACGAGAACUGUAGAGACAAGUAUUUCAACUGCAAUGUGGUGGUCCAGGCACGUCUCUGUGUGUACGACUACUACAAGACAACCUGCUGUGCCUCCUGCACACGAGUGGCCCACAGACAGUCACAACACAGGGCACUCAGCUAGCCCCCUCCCCAGGCCUCAGACCUCUAGGGGGCCUGACACAGCGCCCAGAGCAGGCCCUCAGUCCCUGGGCCAAACACACUGACCCACAGUGGAGAGGACAGCCUAGAACCUGACUCUGGGUGGACAUUGACUGGACACUAUAAUAUGAGUGCUAAAAAUACAGACUGAAAAACUGAAAGACCGCAAAGAAAGGAAGUGAAAGCCCAACUUGUUUUUGGCAUGUGAGGAGAUUGCCAAUGGGCAAUAUGGGAAACUGAAUGGUUCUUGUAUGAUGGUUGUGAAGGACACGUUUAACAGGGCUAUGAGUGGAGGAGCCCUGGUGAGGCGAGAUGAUAGACAGAACACCAAACCGAAGAAUAUGGAACCACUUUAUGGUCUGUAACCAGAAUCCCCUCCAGUAAAAGUUCCUGUCUGGGUUUUUGUUGUGUUUCGUGGGAAGCAGUUUGGCGCUGCCAUUCACCUGAAUGGGUUAAGGUCUUGAAAAAGGUCUUUGGCCGAAACGUUGAUAGAAUAAACAACGUGCAGAGGUAAUAUUAUGUGUGGGAGUUAUCUUUCUUACAACUAAGGACUGCUACCACAUCUGUGAUGAGACUCUUGACUACCAUGGCUCUCUUAGAUAACAUUAAAGGAGAGGAAGAUACAGUAUUAAAGCAGAGGGAAAUUCUGUUUGUUUUGCAUAAUGUAUAGACUGUACACAUUUUAAUAAGCUUCUUUAUGCUUUAAAAUCCACAAUAUUUAUGAUCUAUUUAACUACUUGUAGUAUGAAGUUGCCCAAGCUUGCUCUUAAAUCAUCCCCAAUUACGCAUCAUGAGGGCUCUAUUCAAUACUCUCCUACACAGCAGUUUAGUUGACCAAAGAUUUCACUAUUUCACAGGAGGACGUGUCAAACAGUAAUUGAUCAGUCCAGAUCUAUGGUUCUAUUUAAUCUGUACCGGUGAAGCAUUACAGAUGGUGCAAUAUAACUGUUAAGGUCAUUUCUGAUUGAGCCAACAUAUGCAGUGUUUACCGUGAUGCAGUCUCUGCUAAUACGGAACAUUGCCUUUAGAUUUCAAUCACGCUGUAACGCUGAACUUCUGCAAUACGGAUUGAAUAGAGCCCCAAGUGACAGCUCACCAGUUUUACACAGCAACCCUCUAACAAAUUAAGCUCUAAAAUGUUCAUGUGUCAUUGUAGUGAAUCAUAUAUUUUGCAUCACUGCUGUGUAUAUACAGAACCAGUCAAAAGUUUGGACACAUCUACUCAUUAAAGGAUUUUUCUUUAUUUUGAUUAUUUUCUACAUUAUAGAAUAAUAGUGAAGAUAU